AUAGUUUCGUUAGAGACCGGGUUCAGUGAAAGCUUGGUUGUUUCCCUCCAAAAAUGUUGAUGGGUUUGCUUAAUAAUUUAAUACAUAAGCCUAAAGUUCUCUGUCGAAAAUCAAUUUUCCGUCUUGUGAACAUUCCAAACUGUUUAUACAGCACUGAACAAGAUGAUAUACCGUUUCAUCUCAUGGUUGAAGGAUUUUAUGAUAAAGCUUCAGCCCUUGUUGAACAAAAUUUGAUGUCAAAACUCCAAUCAAAAGCGCCAGACAAUGAAAAGACGAAAAUUGUCAAAGGGACCCUCAACAUAAUUCGGCCACCUACUCACAUUUUCGAAGUUAACUUUCCGCACAAAGCUGAUGAUGGAACAUUCAAGAUUAUUCAAGGCUUUAGAGCUCAACAUAGUGUGCACAGGCGACCCACUAAGGGUGGUAUUCGGUAUAGCAUGGACGUGUGCAGAGAAGAAGUUAUGGCUCUUGCUGCUCUGAUGACGUAUAAAUGUGCCGUCGUAGAUGUUCCAUUCGGUGGCGCCAAGGGGGGAAUCAAGAUAAAUCCCAAAGACCACUCUCCAGCAGAAUUAGAAAGGAUAACCCGUCGGUUUGCUCUUGAGUUGGCAAAACAAGGAUUUCUUGGUCCCGGAACUGAUGUUCCUGCUCCAGAUAUGGGGACUGGACCUCGGGAGAUGAGUUGGAUUGCAGAUACGUAUGCAAACACCGUAGGUCACAACGAUAUGCACAGUCAUGCUUGUGUAACAGGAAAGUCCAUCGCUAUGGGUGGUAUUCACGGUCGCAUCUCGGCCACAGGACGCGGGGUUUAUCAUGGAAUAGACAACUUCUUAAAUAACCCAAAGUAUGCAGAUGCUAUCGGUUUGUCCCCAGGGCUGAAGGAUAAAACUUUCAUUGUUCAGGGAUUCGGGAAUGUUGGUUUGCAUACAAUGCGGUAUCUAGUGCGUGCUGGUGCGAAAUGUAUUGGUAUUGCUGAAAUCGACGGACAGAUUUACAACCCAGAUGGUAUAGAUCCACGAGAACUCGAAGACUGGCAAAUCGCAAAUGGUACGAUUGUUGGCUUUCCACAUGCAAAGCCAUAUACAAAAGAUUCUCUUCUUUUCGAGGAAUGUGAUAUUCUUAUUCCUGCGGCAAAUGAAAAACAAAUCCAUAGUGGCAACGCAGAUAAGAUCAGAGCAAAACUAAUCGGGGAGGGUGCAAAUGGUCCCACUACACCAAAAGCCGAUAAAAUACUGCGAGAGAAGAAUAAGUUGGUUAUUCCAGAUUUGUAUCUGAAUGCUGGUGGUGUUACUGUGUCGUAUUUUGAAUGGCUUAAAAAUUUAAAUCACGUGAGCUAUGGUCGAUUAACCUUUAAGUACGAACGAGAUUCCAACUAUCAGUUACUAAGUAAGUUAUUUCACCUUCAUAGAUAAUCGAAAACACAAGUAUUAUUUUAAAAGUAUAUUUUACUUUAAGUAGCUAUUAAAAGGAGUAAUAUGGUCUUUUUAUGUCGUAAUCCACUAUGAAUUAAUACUUCUGGUACCUAAUUCUGAUUGGUUUGCCGUCCAGUAUGUAUUUUACUUUAAUCGCGGUGCUUCUGAUAAAUGACUUUUUCGUGAAUUCAUGACACGAAAAUAAAACCGACAAGUUGCUUUAGUAUUUUCAGUUUUUAGUUAGCAGCGAAACUUACUAUAACACAUGUGAAAUUACAAAUUCACUGUACAAAUGGUAGAUAGUAUGUUUAAAUUAUUUAUGGAACCCACUAGUCAGUAUUAAUAUAUUUUCAUACUCAUUUAUUUUUGGUCUUAAUAUCAUACUCAUAGCUCAUCCACGGCAGAGUUCCUCGCGAAUUAUGUUUAGAUAUAACAUGUAUGGCAAAUUCUAUAUAAGCUCCCGACCAGUUUUUAUUUUUCGGGUGUAGAGAAUGUCAUUCCUAGUAAACCAUGAUAUCAUGUCUAUUGAAGAGUAUGUAUACGGUUGCACUGGGAGUGCAAUUUUCGUGUUGAUGGUUUUUAUCCUUUAUAUUCCCAAGUUGCUCUAUGUAAAGGAAUUUGGGUAAAUGUCUUGUAGACCUCUAAAAUUCCUCAUUUGAAGCGAGUCUAUAAAUGCAUUUGUUCAUUAUGAAUCAAAUCUUCAAUUUGAAACUCAUUUGGUCACAUCUUUUUACCUCCUAUUGGGGGAGUUAAAGCGUAAAUAAAGUCUUUGUAAGUCUAUAUUCCAUAUGAAAUAUGACAUAUCUUCAAUUAAUUAACCACUGAGUAGUGGCCGAUGUCAUAUUUGUCUCUCCUCUUGGUGCUGAUCUCUAACCUUAUCGAUCAGUCGUUUAGCUGCGAAUUGUGGACCGAUGAUCUACUUUCAGGGCGCUACUAGAAUGUUAGGCUCAACGUUCUGAGAAAACAGCUUAUUAUUCAGCAGUCCAUUAUUCAGCAGCAACCUAUGGUAGACCAGCACAAUACCCUGUGAACUCAAGUCAGAUUAAGCAAACCGACAAAAAGGAAACAGAAUACGAUGAUGAGUUUUAAUUAUCGCUAAAUAAUAAUAUCCGAACCAACUAAGGUUUUAUCUAGUUUAUGAAUGAAAAGUAAUCUUACAUACUGAUUUUAAUAAUUGGUUGUUAAUGUUUCUAAGGUAAAACUAAAACCACCCACUUGGCAGCAACAGUUUAAAUCUUUUGGUUCUGUCUCUGAUAUCCAUUUGGUGCCUGCCAGCUCGUCAAAAACUACAUAAAAACAGUAGUCAUAAAUGAAAGCAUCAGUUUAAGUUACUGCGUUUUACAAUGUCACAGAAAAUCAGGAAAGAUAAGAGAAAUAUUCAAUCGAAAAAUAGGAGGGGUAAAGUGACGUGGAAAAAAUAGGUUUCGAAUUGUGAAAGGCUUAAUAUUUGAAUGUCUGGAAUAGCUAACUAGAUUUUAAAUUGAAUCUUUUUUUGAAACCUGGAAUCGUAUGCAUUCUAGUUUCAUAUUUGGGACUGGAAUUCUAGGUGCCUCAAGCUGUAGCUGAUAGCUGUUGUCAUACUUUAAAUGUUAAUCGAAUUUUUUGCUCACUGUUGUUCAUUCUAGUGUGAUCAGUAAAAAUAAAUUAACGUUUAACUCUUUCACUUCACAUUUUUAUCAAGAGUUAGAUUUAUUUACCUUGUUUUUUAAAUGACAGAUAGUGUACAACAGUCUUUAGAGA